AUGGAAGGUCGCGGUUUAACCCUGCGCAGCAAAUCUCGCCGUCGCCGCCCGCAGAUCAGUGCCCCCAAACCCAUCUCUGGCCCCUUGCCCGCCACUACCAGAGCCCCCGAGGUCGGCCAGGCCGCUAUCCCCAACCACGAUCGAGCUCCCCAGAGCGGCGCCACCUCCGAUCUCGUCAAGCGACGCUACUCGACCAGAUUCAAUGCUGCUCCCGAUUUCGAUGCCAACGCUCCCCCGGUCCCUGCCCUGCCGCCUCCCGUCCCAGGCGGUGGUUACGGAGGGCUGGCCGCCCCAUCGGCCAUCUCGCGCCAACCAUCCCCAGCAGAUGGAGCCGCCCCAGCACCCAGGGUCGACCUCAACGCCUUGCGAGACCCAGACGUAACCAACAUCCUAGCCAACGCGUCAGAAGAAGAGAUUCAAAAAUACCAAGAAAGCCUCCGCAAAGUCAAAAACCGCACAUCCACCGACCUACAGCAAAAUGUCUACCAGAACCGCACCCAGUUCAUCAAGAUCAGUCGAGAGGCCGAGAAGCUCAAGGAUGAAAUGCGCACCCUACGCACUCUCAUGUCCGAGCUCACCACCGCCCUAGGACAGACCAAUGUCGGCAACAGCCCUAAUCCAAUGUCUCCGGUCGAUGAUCACUUCCCCAAACGCCAUUCGAAUCGCAGCUCCGUCGCCAAUCUAGAAAGCAUGUGGAGCGUCCAGCUGCAGACCCUCUGGAAGACAGUCGAGGGUUCGCAAAAGUUCCUGCCGGCGGUUCCCGGGAGACAUAUCGUGUUGGAGACGGGCCAUUGGGCUGAGCUGGACUCGGCUACCUGGAAACCGAAACGGCCUGUCCAUAUCGUGCUGUUGAACGAUCACCUCCUAGUCGCGGCAAAAAAACGCAAGCGUGUCGACCAAACCCACCCCAAUCAACGCGGCCCCGUUCCGACCAAGCUGGUCGCAGAGGAAUGUUGGCCUCUGCAAGACAUUGAUAUGAUCGAUCUCGCCGCCAACCUGGGUACCGGUGCCGCCCGAGAAGAGGCACUCGAUCGGGGCAUCGGAAAUGCCAUCAGUGUCCGUGUGGGCUCGAAGCCUUUUACUUAUCGUCAAGACAAGCGCGACACAUCGACUAAAAACGAAUUACUCGCGACUUUCCGCAAGACGGUCGAAGACCUGCGUCGAACCUUGCGCUCCGAGACUGAGGCUGCUAGUAAACCUCUGGAGGCAUACGGCUACCUCUCAGGACGACACGUAUCGUAUUCCCAGAAGACAGAGCCGCUUGACAUCUCCGAUCUGCCUCGCGACAAAUCCGAGUUGCGAAUCGACGUCGACGGCAAGCAGCAAAACCUUCGUUGGGUGGAGGGACAAGUGGACGAGUUGGACAUCGAUAUUGCCCUGCAGCGGUUUGAGGAGGCUGUCUCGACCAUUGAGCGGUUGCGCAAACUAGCCAAGGGCCUCAAGGGCAAUGCGAUUGCACAAGAUGUGAUCAAUGCCAAGGUGGAUGGACGUGCCACGCGAUUGGCCGGCAUGCUUUCACGCGCCCUAGUGGAUAGUCAAUCAUUCCCAACUGCUACCAAGACUAACGUGGGCUGGCUAAGCCGUCUUGGAUUUGAAGACCAGGCCCGCCAGACAUACUUGAAGGCACGGACUGAUGUCAUUGCGAAACGUAUCCGGGCGUGUGUAUUCGAGGGAGAUCUCCCCCUUUAUAUCUUCCAGAUAUCUUACGUUUAUUUCUCUCUCAUCAAAAACACCAUUGCUGUCUACCAACAGUGCUUCUCUGGCGUGAUGAGCAGUUCCUGCAUUCGUUGGGCCAAACACCAUCUGGAUGGGUUCAACGGCCUGCUAGGUCGCCAGCUGAGUAGUGUUCAGCGCGGCACCUCGGUAUGGCAGAAAUGCCUUGAUAUAGUCCAUGAACACGCUGCACUACUGACGGCAGUGGGCGUUGACUUUACUGAUCUCGUCGCGCGAGGCUUGGAAGAUGGGGAGGAUGCUUCACGAGUUGUUCAACCAGAUAAGAUGAUAGCUACUCCUAACGCGCCGGCAAUUAUUUAA